CAGCGGCUUUCGUAGAGGGAAGUGAUAUAACUUAACGUGCUAAGUGGCGGGCAUUCCUCCAACAGAACUGUCAUCGGCAACAGCUAUGAGACUAGCUACAGUGUGGUGCUGCCGGCUGUCGGCGGCCUUCCUCUGCGGCGUGGCGCUGGGCUUCGCGGCGGCCACGCUGGACUUCCGCAGCUCGUCGGCGUGGCUGCAGCAGCAGCUGCAGGCGGCCCUCGCCGCAGACUUCCUGCAGUACGAGUACGAAUACGAGUACGAGUGGUCCACGCGAGGCGCUUCGGACACUCCAGCGAGGGCGCUGCCCACCCUUCCUGCGGCUCGGCGCAAGCCAGAAUGCAACCGUACUGCAGCUGACAGCCUGCGACAGCGUGUUCGGGUGUUGUGCUGGGUGAUGACCAGUCCUAAGAACCAUGCCACAAAGGCGGCUGCUGUCAAUGCCACAUGGGGCCAAAACUGUGACAAGCUGCUCUUCAUGUCCUCCGAGCAUGAUCCCAGACUACCCACAGUGGCCCUCAAAGUACCAGAAGGACGGCAGCAUCUAUGGGCUAAGACACAAGCUGCCUUCAAAUAUAUUGUCCAUGAAGGCUUGUUGGAGAGUAUUGAUUGGGUGCUUAAGGCAGAUGAUGACACGUUCAUUGUGAUGGAAAAUUUACGCCACCUGUUGCUGCCUCUGGAUGCCUCACAAUCUCUCUUUGGGGGUCUGCGGCUGCGGCCGUUUUCACCAAAGGGCUUUAUGAGUGGCGGAGCAGGGUAUGUGCUUAGUCGAAUGGCAGCUCUCCGUUUUGUUGAGCAGGGAAUAUCUGGAGACCUCGGAGGUUGCCGUAAUCCAGGAUACAGAGGCGAGGAUGUUGCCAUUGGUCGCUGCAUGGUGGCAAUAAAUGCAACAUUUCUGGACAGCCGAGACUCUGAUGGGCUGGAGCGCUUUCACGCCUAUGGCCCAGAACGAGAAAUGGCACCAGAUAAGAGAAUGGAUUGGCUGAAGAAUUAUUCUUAUCAUCCACUACAACCUGGCUAUGCUCAUCCAGUCCACAAUAGAACAUGUGUGCAAGCAACAGAAAGAUCAACUCUGCCGCAGUGCCAGCAUCAGGAUAUUGAGGACCAGUUACAAAAAUUGUGGAACAGCUUGCCUCAGAAGGCUUCUAAGUGUUGUUCACCAUCUGCAGUGUCAUUUCACUACAUCACACCCACAGCCAUGCGGGCCAUCUACUAUCUGGUAUAUAGGUUAAAACCAUAUGGACUGGAUGAAUGUGAAUUACCAGCUAGCUGACAGUUUGAAAAUGAUUAGCAAAAUCCAGGGCUACAGUAUUAUGGAAGUGUUGGACAGUGUGCAAAGUACAUCUGGACAGUAAAGAGUAAUUUAAAAGAAUCAACAAAGUGCUAAAUAUUGAACUCCUUGUGAUGUGUGAAAAUACUUUGACCAAAGACUUGAAAAACUAACAGAGAUACUCUUCACAGCAAAGUAAGAGUAUAUGUGAUAAAUGUGCCAUCAACAAUCCAUGAUUAAAUGUAUUCUUUGAUCCAUUUAUUUCCCAAAGAAAUGUGCAAAUUGUGUAUAAAUACUAUGCAUUUGUGUUGUAUAAAUAACAUUUCUUGUGACUUCAUUUAUCUUUCAUUCUUGUGUGUCACUCAUUUUACAUAGACUUGCAAUGAAUAAUACAUCAUUUAGCAAUUGAUAGUUCAAGUGAUUUUUAAAUUAAUUUAUUUCUAAUAUAUGAUAAAGUAACCUGGAACUAUCUGACUUGCUGGUGAAGUCUAUUUUCAAUAGAUCAGACAAUCUUGUAAAGAACUACUGAACUACUUUGAGACUUCAACUGUGUAGGCUUCUGCAGCCAGAGUCAGUUGACAUAAGUUUUCUGAAUAUUGUAUAACAGUAGACUUGGGAACAGGUCACUGUAACUGUGGCCAAGACAUUGGUUUGGCCAGUAUAGCAUUUUACUUUAUGAUGCAGUACAAUACUCAGAAAAAUUUUGUGUGUCCUUUGAUGUUUAUUAUUGGUUAUCUAGUUUACUAUAUUUGUAACAUGAUUAACUGUCUUAGUCUCAAGAUUCAUCUCAGUGUGUUUAUUCACCGAUAUUGAAUCAACUUUCAUCACAUCAGUGAAUAGUUAAGAGAUUUGUCCAGUGUUGUAAAAAAAAGUUAAAUUUAUUUUCUCUCAUGUAUGCCAUGAAACUAUGUAACUUCGUGAUUCAGUACCACUCAGUUUAAUAAUACAUUAUGCAUAUCA